AGACGUCCAGCUUACCACGAUAAAUGCAAUCCCGAAUAGCACACACUGAGCACGUGUUCUUCAAUAUCUAACUCUACUCUACUCCACAGAUAUUUUUUAACCCUGCCAUCUCUUUGCCGACGAAAGCACGUGCAUUGCAGUGUUAUAAUAAUCUUGACCGAAUUUACUCGGGUUAAAAACUUUAACUAGUAAUUACUUUUUAUGCAAUGGCUACCGACGACCAGAACCAAAUAAGACUGAAGUUAAACAAAGGCUCCAUUCCUGCUUUGGGAUUCGGAACGUAUGCCCCAGGAGAGAGUGAAGAUGAUGUUUACAAAGCUGUUCAGGUGGCCAUCAAGGCAGGGUAUCGCCAUUUAGACUGUGCAGCAAUCUACAGGAAUGAGAGAGCAGUCGGCCAAGCCAUAAAGAAGACCAUUGUGGAGGAUAAAGUUACAAGGGAGGACCUGUUUAUUGUUAGCAAGCUGUGGAACACUUGUCACAAACCGGAUUUAGUGAGAGCCAGUCUGAAGAAGAGUCUUGAAGACCUGGGACUUCAGUACCUAGACUUGUAUCUGAUUCACUGGCCAAUAGGUUUAAAGGAAGGAGGGGACUUUAUUCCUAAAGAUGAAAAAGGCAAUGUUUUAUUUUCCGACGUUGACUUUGUUGACACUUGGCAGGCAAUGGAGGACUGUGUUGAUGAAGGACUAGUGAAAUAUAUUGGUUUAUCCAACUUUAAUAGUGAACAAAUUCAGAGAAUUCUGGAUGUAGCAAGAAUAAAACCCGUGAUAAAUCAGGUUGAAUGCCAUAUUUACCUUAGUCAAGAAAAACUGAUUGAAUUCUGCAAAUCUAAAGGAAUCAUAGUUACUGCUUAUUCUCCAUUUGCUAGUCCUGGGCACAAGAAGAUGCCUUACACACCUUGCAUGGAGGAGCCAACCAUUGUCGAGAUUGCUAAAAGCAAAGGAAAAAAACCGUCACAGGUCAUCAUUAGAUUUUUGCUGCAGAGGGGCCUCGUGGUGAUUCCUAAAUCAGUCAGUCCAAACAAAAUUAUUGAAAACUUCCAGGUAUUUGAUUUUGAGUUGAGUGAUGAUGAAAUGAAGAAGAUUCUGGCUUUAAACAAAAAUCACAGAACUAAUACAGAGGACAUAGCCUUGACACACAAAUACUAUCCAUUCAGCAUUGAAUUCUGAAGUUGUCCACUACCAAGGAUAUUCCCUACCAGGUUCUAUGCAAAAUAAUCAACCCUAGCAGGUCCAUAAUUUAUAGAUUCAAAAUCAGUUCACACGCAGCAGUGUAAAGACAAAUCUUUGGUCCACUUCCUUCCAAUCAUUUUGAAUCUUUAAUGUGAUAUUAAUAUUACUCAAUCCGAUUUUCCCAGUCUGUUUGUUUGCUUUUUUGAGUCAUCACUUUUGGCUAAGUAUGUGUGUCCUUUAUUUACUGUUCGUAAGAGAGAAAUUCAUAGUUUCACAUCUCUGACAGCUGAGAAUUAUUUUCAUUAUUAAUGUGUACAAUAUGACAAAAUAUAUUUUCUUUGUGAUUGUUUGUCUAUUUAAGAAUAUUGGUUUCCAUACAUUUUGAAUGUAAAUGGUCUUGUUGUUUUCAUUCAUGAAGCCCCAAUAUUAACAUAUGCAUUUUGACAAUUUUACACUAUUUUGGAAAUGUUUUUAACACUUGAAUCAGGCUAUUAGAUGAAUUUUAAUUGACUUCAGUUUAUUGGUAAAUUAUGGCCUUGGUCAGAGGUUGUGAAAGAGGAGGUUGAGAGUUUUCUAAUAUCAGCAUUGACUUUGUUUUAAACAACAGCAAAAGAUGUACCGGUAAACACAUUUCUAAAGAUCAACCAGAAGAGCACAUAUAUAACAUUAAAAGAAACAGAGAUCUUUAACUUAAUGAUGCAUAGUGUGUCAUUGACAAAUGGCAUUAGCAAUACUUUUCUGUAUUGAAAGUAACAGUAUUAAUAGGUUAGUAUAUAAUACUAUGUGCUGUUAUAAAGUGUAUUGGUUUCAUCAUCUAUACACGUCUUGUAUUCUUUAUGAAGUUAUUUGUGAAGUUCAAUAUAUCAAAUAUAUUGAAUUGUACAUGUCAAUUUACAUGGAAAUCUGUAGGAAGAUUAAAAAAAAAAAGGUAAACUGAACUUCUGUUUCGGAAACAACUUGUUUUAACCACAUGUUUAGUUGCUACUAUAAAUUUUAAUUUUACUAUGAUUGUAUAUUGUGCCAUAUAUUGUUGAUUAUUCCUUUUUAAAACCAGCAACACAACGAUAUAUUUAUGAUCUGCAAGAUAAAAUACUAGCAGUUCAUUGAAUUUUAAUUUUGUUGUGAAAUGGACCUAUUUCCCAUGUUUCUGGACUUGACAUGGCCAUUCACUAUUUUAUGCCUUAUUCAUGCAUUUGUAAACUGUGAUGGCGUUGAUACAGUUACAUCCACAUAUAACAAUCCCAAAAUAAAGUUGAUAAAAAUUACAAACUAUACAGGUAUCUGCCCAAAAAGAAUAUUUUAGAAACUGCAGUACCUAUGCAUAUUUCAUUAUGUGCGUUUUGAGCAAUCAAAGAUGACAAUUGACAUAGGAAACUUGUUUUAUUUAAAAACCAUCGGCCAGAAACACCAUAUGUACAUGUAUUUGUUAGCGGCUGUUAAUAAAAAGCACUGGUGCUUGCGCAUGUAUUUUUUGAUUUUUUUUUAUCAACAUAUGAAGAAUGCGUAUACACGUAUCUGUUGAAUAAAAGAAAAAUAUAUAUAA